UUCAUUGUACAUUGCAACGUAGGCAGACAGAGACAGACAGUAUGGCGGCCGUCUGAGUAAUAAGAUAUCGAUAGGGGUUUUUAAAUAUUUAUAACACCGCUUAGGACAGUUGGUAGCAUAAAAAGGCAACGAUUUUACAUUUUUAUUCUGAGCAUUUACUGGGCGUAAGGUAAAAUGGCAAGUCCAAGGACAAGGCGAGUUCUUAAGGAGGUUCGCACUCAAGAUGAGAACAGUCUGUGUUUCGAGUGUGGCGGGUUUAACCCCCAGUGGGUGAGUGUUACGUACGGAAUCUGGAUUUGUCUCGAGUGCUCGGGGAAGCACAGGGGCCUGGGCGUGCAUCUCAGCUUUGUGCGUUCGGUUACGAUGGACAAGUGGAAGGAUCUAGAGCUGGAGAAGAUGAGAGCCGGGGGCAACGGCAAGUUUCGAAUGUUCCUGGAGUCUCGGGAUGACUACAAUCCAUGCUGGACGAUGCAGGAGAAGUACAACAGCAAACCAGCAGCUCUGUUCAGGGACAUGGUUGCUACCUUAGCUGAGGGGAAAGAGUGGUCUGAAGAGACCUCCUCGGCUAACACCUGGGUGGCACCUCAAGCCAAGCCAGCCCUGCCGUCAGCUCAUCGCAGUUCCGCAGGUCCACCCCAGAACUCUGCCUCCUCCUCGGAUAAAGCCUUCGAAGACUGGUUGAGCGACGACAUCAACUCCUACCAGAGUGGCGGGGGAUACAGCGGUGGCGAGGAGAAUCGCUAUGUUGGUUUUGGCAACACUGUCACUCCACAGAAGAAAGAAGAUGACUUUUUUAAUAAUGCCAUGUCAUCUAUAUACUCGGGUUGGAGCAGUUUUGCUGUUGGUGCAAGCAAAUUUGCAACAGCUGCAAAAGAAAAUACCACAAAACUUGCAAGUCAGGCGACUCAAAAGUUUGGGGGCUAUAGGCCACCUCUGGAGACGGCGACAGAGUUAGGUCAGACUAUUAAUGAAAAUGUUAUCAAACCUACACAUGAAAAGGUAAAAGAGGGCAAGAUAUUAGAUGAUGUUACGAGUGGUGUCGGCCUGCUGGCUAGCAAGGUCCAGGGUGUUGGCACUAAAGGCUGGAAGGAUAUGACCACUUUUUUCUCAGGCAAACCAGAGGACUCAUCUGAUGGGCAUGGUAUGGGAGACAACUAUCAGAACGUGGGCUCCGAUGGUGCUUACCAGAACAACACUGCGGCCUCUGACCCGGAUUUUUGGGACAGCUUCGCCUCCAAGAACAAGAAGAGUCCGAGCAGCGACAGCUGGACCUGUGCAGACAUCAACUCUGCAGCGGAGAAGAAGAGCUCUGACAGCUGGGACAACGGGGGCUCGGAGACCGUGUCUAACAACAAGCACAGCACCGGCGAGAGCUGGGAGGUCUGGGAUAACAACUGGGAGAGUGCCGGGAACGGCAAGAGCAAGAAAUCCUCCAAGAAGAGCAGCAAACCUGCUGUAGACGACGGCUGGGACAACCCCACCUGGUAGCUUGCUCUCCCUAUCUCAUCAUCUAGAUAUUACGUGGUGUUAUCAAAGAGGACAGUUGCAUAACCUCACUUUCCAUCGUCUGUACUGUGUGCUGGCAAGUGCAUUUAUUUAUAAACUGUGGGGAGGUUUUUUUUUUUUAAGUCUUUAAUAAUGAGUAGUGGGUGAUCAGUCAUUUUUCUUCCAUGCCCCUCCCUUAAUUAUUUAAAACUGAUCUUUUUACGUUUCCAUUCUGCCUAUCAAACUCAGUGACUUUUGCAUGUUUUAUUUUAUUCUAUAGUAGGAUACAAAAUCAAGAAAUGUCUAUGCAUUCUUAGGUGAAACUGCCAGUAGACAAACUAAUUCCUUCACUGAUGAAGGCACUGGCUGAAAUGUUACUAUCUGUAUUAUUAGUUAAGAAUCUACGAUGGCAUGUUUGAAGGUGUGGAUAAACUAUGUGCAUUCUUGCAGGACCUCUGGUCAGACAUGAAUAAUACUUUAGUGAUAAUGACAGCAUUCAAAUCUUUGGCUGUAUUCACUAAGCAAUUAUCCCACAGUUUAAAAAAGAAAAAAAAAUGAAGCAACAGACUGAUACUAUAAAUAAACAAUUCCACAAGUUCUUAAUGCACCUUAGUGUUUAUUUGCUAGUUCUGCAGCAUAAGCCUAAUUGUGAAUAUGCACACUUGUAUUUUAUUUCCAUCACAACUGUCUGCAAUGCAAACUUGUAGCUGGCUUUUUUUUUUAACUUCCUGUUUAGUGGAACCUAUUCCAUUCUUUUGUUCAUAUACUGUUUCCCCUUUGUAGCGCUAAGAACAGGAGCCAUAGCUUUGAGACCAUGCUAUUUGUGAUCUUAUAAUGAGAAUGAAAGGGCAAGUGGAACAGAAGUAUGGGGCUAGUGGGAGCCACGACCAUGCUGCUUGACAAAGGGGGAGCACAGUAUUUUAAAUCUAAAUUUCCUGCCCUUGGUUAGCUAUUUCUCAAGUUAGAAAAUGAAGCAGUUCUCUCCUCUGUGUGUGUGUCUGCAUGUUUUGGAGUCCUCUGUUUCCAAUAUCACUGCUACGUGCUGUGCUGUCCAGCACCCAGUGCACUGGGGAGUCUAAUACCUGGGGACCAGCAUGAGAGGGUGGCUUUUUAAAAGCUUAUGUUUUGAAGUGAAUAUGGUAGGCUUAAGAAAAUUAGAUAUUUUUAAAACUGAAAUCAAAGCUUUGGUUUAGCAAUGGGUAUGUUAAUAUAAAAGAAAGUAGGAGUUAUCAUCAGUAAAGCUGUUGUGUUUUAUUGUUUCAUUUAGUUUAUGUGAAGUUGUAUAAUCAAUUUUCAGUAUAUGGGUUUCCUUUUUUAUUCAUUGCAGAAUCAAGUAAGUCAUUAGAGUGAAGUGCAUUCGUAAUAAGUCAGAUUUUUAUGUUCAGCAGCAGUGAAUGCAUAUGCUUUAGUUUAAUCUCAGUGUAGUUCAAAUUUGACUUUGGAGAUUAUUGACUGUUACAGGACAGCUAGAUUUAAUUUUAAUUGUGUAAAUCAAUUAUUGGUUCACUGGUGUCUGUUUGUGUGCCUAUGUGUAGUACUUGAUAUUUCUGAAAUGUGUAUUGGUUUUAAAAUAAAUACUGAUUUCACAAUUUGUGGCAUAAUAAUGAUGAUAUAAUAAUAAUAAUAAUAAUAUGGGGUUUCCCCAAGUUAAUAUCCAAAUUGCAAUUGAUAAUUACUUCAAUGCUAUCUGCAUUCGUAAAGAAUUGCACAGGAAUUGAUGUAAAAAAUAUCGAUGUGUGUGGUUAUUGUCCUUGGAAUAUUACUAAAUGACAUAGCACUCAGAAUAUAAGCUAAGGAUCGCAGGGCUCGCCUUUGGCACACGCUCACCUGUAACAAUCCCCUAUCACAAGCCUGCAUCUCCUCUGAGGUUAAAUGUUUCCGAUGUGCCAAGUUCAGAGAUUUUUUACAUGCAUGUGCAUUGCUCUGUUUAAAAGCAUGGUUGUCAGCUGCAAAUUACAGACUCGGAGGGGAAAAAAAAGUGAUCCCUAGCAGAUUGAGUAGAGUGAUUAUUUUUGUAUUGGAUGUAAAUUGGUUGUGUUUUCAUCAGAAGUAGCAGUGUAUGUGAAUAGCUUACAAGUGAAUCGUUUAGUAAAAGCCGAGUAACGAAUCUGAAACUAGAAGCUGGUAGUGAUAUCCCCACUCUACCGUACAAGCAGAACAAAUAACAAAAGACACUGAUUGUACGAAAAGAAACAGUGAAUAUUUUCAACAGAAAUACCCUCCACACUGGAGAGAUUCUGCAAAGCCGCAGAAUCAGGAUUUGCUUAGACCAUGAUUUCAUUUUUCAAAGACUUGACUUCCCAAAAGCAUAUCCCCAAAAAUGGAUGUGUUCAGUAGAUGAAUUCCGUUUAGUUAUAAUAAAGAUUGUCAUGUUUUAUAGAUUGAUGUGUUCUGUAAAGACAGGUGGCCUUAAUACAGGUUUUAAUACCCUAGGGACUUAAAAUUAUAUCAUUAUGUCAUAUACAAGUUGUAUAGUAUGUGGUAUUUGUAUGCUGCAUUUUCAUGUAUUUUCAAAGUAGAUUAAAAGUAGAUUGUUUUAGUGUUUUAAGCCUGCCUCUUUUCCCUGUCAUUGUUUGCAAUGGUUUGUGUGUCUGUGCAGGACUUUACCAGGUCAUGAACCGGUUCACUGCUGCAUUUAACCAUGUGGUCCAAAUAGCACAUUUAUGAUCAGUACACUUUUUUAAUGUGUUUAAAAAGAAGUGAUUUAUUGUUUUUUGCAUUGUAGUCUACUUUUUCAGUAAAUUCUUAGUUCAUGUUUUAUUUUUACUUGCGCUCAAAGUUUUUUUUUUCAUGUUUAAGUUUUGCUGGGACAAACGUUUUUCCACAUUGAAUACAGCACUACCUCUUAUGUUGAUAUUUGAAUUCAAAUCCACAGCAAUGAAUUGCUGAAAACUAUUUGUGAAAGACCCUUGCAUGUAUAUAAUCAAGCACUUUUAAUUACAACAUAACCUAACAACGAGUUAAUGGAAUCCAGCAAAGAACUAUUCAUUCAUUUUAAAAUUGACUGAAAAAAAGAAAAUAUAUUUGUACGAUAUUAAAGAAUCCUCCUAAUGAACACUGAUUCUGAUCAAACAAACAGCAGCACACAGAAUGGGUCUUUCAUGCACUUAUUUGCACAAUACCUUUUUGAAGCAGUUGUUUUCAAUGAAAUACAUGCCAAGCAGUAUUGAAUAUUUAAAUAUUUGUCCCAGCACUUAAAAAAAAAAAAAUGCUUUUGUUAGAUUUCCAAAAGGCUGUUCUUGUAAAAUGUUGUUAUCUUUUUUGAAACUGAGUUUCCUCUCUGCCUUUCAUUCCUCCCCGCUUAACCAUCAUACAUUCCAUAGUUGUCAGGGAAACUUGUUCUCAGUAUUUCUGUGCAAUAUUCAUCAGCAUGAGUAAAUGGAGCUGUGCCCACUCAUCUCUACCAUACAGGGCAGCAGCCAACCAACAAACCAGUGGCGUCAGUCUUACGAAUUCUGUAAUGAGUGUGCUACAUGUGUACCAGAGAAUGGUGUUAGAUCUCUUGCUGUGUAAUCUUGUUUGGAAAAAAAAAAACCUAAUAAAACAAGUAAAAGUG